AUGUUUAAGACAUGCGUGGCGGUCGUUGUGGCCGCUUGUGCUGUCGGUCUGAUCAUUAAUUUUUAUUACCAACGAAUACCUAAACUACCGAAUCUGGAUUACGAGAAGUGGUGGGGAGAGGGGGUGCGACCGCAGCAAGAUGAUACCUCUAUAAGACCCUUCAAGAUUGUCUUCAAUAAUACGAUGAUAGAAGAUUUAAAAUCUAGAUUAAGAAGCAGACGGGCUUUCACGAGACCUAUGGAUGGAAUUCAGUCUGAAUACGGAAUAAACACUGUAUAUUUGGAUAAAUUACUGAAUUAUUGGCUGAAGGAAUACGACUUCAAAGCGAGAGCCGAACGUCUUAAUAGGUUUCCACACUUCAAGACCCGGAUCCAGGGUCUGGAUAUUCACUAUAUAAGAGUGAAACCGCAAGUGAAGUCAGGCGUCAAAGUUCUGCCUCUGCUGAUGAUGCACGGCUGGCCGAGUUCCUCCAAGGAGUUUGAUAUGGCCAUACCGUUACUGACAAAGCAGAGGAAGGAUUAUGAUUUUGUGUUCGAAGUAAUUGCUGUCGAUCUGCCUGGAUUCGGAUACUCUGAGGGAACCAACAAACCCGGCUUGAAUCCUUUGCAAAUAGCCAUAAUCAUGAAGAAUCUUAUGACUAGGCUAGGUCAUCAAAGAUUCCACACAAACAUGCCGUUUUCAUCUCGUCAGAUAAGCAAUAUCAAAUACUUCAUAGGUUCACUGUUCCCGAGUUUGUUCGUCAAAGCGCCAUAUAUACCCAGACUUUAUCCAAUAAGAGAUUUGUUCACGUAUCUUAUGAGAGAAAGCGGUUAUUUCCACUUGCAAGCGACGAAACCUGAUACUAUAGGCGCAGCCCUAACAGAUACACCAUCGGGUAUGGCAGCGUAUAUGCUAGAAAAGAUAGGAGUGUGCAGCAAUAGGAACCAGUUGAACACUGAUCACGGAGGGUUAAACAACAUUGAUAUGGACGAUCUACUAGAUACAGUCACUAUUAUGUGGGAUAAUGAGAGCAUUACCAGGUCUAUGAGGCUUUACGCGGAAGCAUUCGCCUGGCCUGAAGUGUUCGUUGUGCACGAUAUCCCGACUGAAGUUCCAACAGCCGCUAUAAACUUUCUUCACGAGGUGGUCUACCAGCCCGAUUGGAUACUUCGCGACAAAUUCGUGAACCUGGUCCAUUCAACGACCUUGGAUUUCGGCGGUCAUUUCGCAGCGAUGCACACGCCUAAAGAACUUGUGGACGAUAUUUUCGAUUCCGUGGCCGCGUUUAUCAAAUUCAACGCGGACAAAGCCAGGAGAUAG